AUGUCGUACCUAGCCGCUGCUCAGUCCGCCCUGUUCUAUUUCCUCGCCUGCACGCCAUGCAACCAAUUACAACAUCAACAUAGAACGCGGCAGCAGGCCAAGAGGGAGAGGGAGAUCAAGGAGCGCAUUGUCAUGGAACAGCCACACCUAUAUCGGCAUCCGGACCCGUAUCACACAAACCCGUACUGGGACGAGGAGAUCCGCAUGGGGCCGAGCUUGCCGAAGAAGAGGAGAGGGAGCGAGGGGAUUUCCAAGACUCUCAGUCAGCGGCGGCUCACGGCCGCCAGUCGAGAUGGGCGGCCGAGCAUUGGCACAGGAAGUAGCGUUGUUGUCAGCAUGUCCGAGAUGGGCUCCAUUGCCAGCCCCAGGUCGUCGACGAACCCCUUCAACGUUCCUGGGAUCGCGAGUGACCCGACGGUGGUGCACGAGGAGGACCCAACAAGCCCGACGCUCAGCAAGACGGUAUCGAUAUCAACAAGCGCCGACUGGAACGUAAAACGGUACCAACGCGAGGACGAAGAGCUCUGGGGCGAAGAGUCUACGUGGUCAGGCCACAAACUGAUGGACGUGAUCAAACAGGCCGGCUCGACAGCCGGUCGAUACAUGGAGUCGAAGCUUGGCCUCGAGAAGCAGGUCACGGACGAGGACCGGUACAACUUCUAUUUCACCCCUAGGAACCCGCCUGUCAACGAUUACCACCCGCCGGUCGUCAGCAGCAAGCCAGCACACAAGGACGCCCUCCGGUGGAUGCUUCAGCCACCGCCACCAGCAAAAGUCAUGGAGGGCAAGGUGCCCGUCACGAGGAGUUCAAGCAUGGCGAGCGCCGCGUCUAGGAAGACCUUCUCCUCGAGGGACGCGAGCUCGUUGGGCAGGUUAGUGGGCGAGCGGGCGGUUGAGGCUAGGAUCCGAAGGGGACAGACGCCGCUGGACGAUGAUUUGCGGUCGAACCAGUCGUUGGCAAGGACGAGGUCGCGCGCCACCCUGGCGACGAGGACCUACAGUCGGCGCACCGUCAGGACCAGCAGCUCCUCUACGGAUUCCGAGGACGAUGACGCCGAGCCGCCAAGCCGCGCAAGAAAGCGGGUAAGCCAUCGGCCGCCAGAGGGGGAAUCGGACACUGAGGAUGAGGGCGUGUACGUGCCGAGGAGCCCUCCAUCGGUCAACAGCAUCUCAUUACCGGCCCACGCCGCUCAGAAGCCAAGGCUAUCUACGAUUUUGAGCUCUGGAUACGACGACAGGGGGUCCUCAGGAGUGGAUAACGGCGAUUCGUCACAUCCCCUUCGCGAAAUAUCCAACUUAUCUUCGACCACAGAUGUGCCAAAACCGAAGACUCAGCAAGCCAUUUCCGUCACUGCCAACCUAGCCAUAUCAGCUUAG